AUGUGUAAACGCUUUGAAGAGGGUUUAAAUGAGGAUAUCAGGUUAUUGAUUGAAAUUCUCAAAAUAAGAGAAUUUAUGAUGUUAACCGAUCGAGCACACAAAGUUGAAGAAUUAAGUAAAGAGAAGAAACAAGUUGAAAGAGAGGCUCAGGUUUCUGGAAAAAGAACUAUGGGUAAGUUAGAAUCAUUUACUUCUAAGAAAUUAAAAAGGUAUUAUGAUCGUGUUACCAUCUCUAUGGGAUAUUCUGGAAGAGAGCGGGGCUCUCAAUGUUCUAACCCGAGGUUUUCAUCUUCAUCUGUGACCAGUAUGGGUAGUGUCGGUAAUCCCAAACCAAAAUGUAAACAUUGUAACAAAUUUCAUAAUGGGGAAUGUCGAUCUAGAAGCGAAGCUUGUUUUGGAUGUGGUUCACUUGACCAUUUUCGCAGAGAUUAUCCCAAAAGGGUUGAAAAAGAAAUAGAACUAGCUCCAAAGCCUAGUAAUCCUAUUUCGAGAGGCAGACUACCCCGUUAUCCUGGUAAUGUUAGUGGUAGUUGA